AUGGUUAAUCUCAGACCCCUGGCCUUCUAUGAUGCCACUUCUUAUGAAUACUUCACUGGGCAAGACCUGGACUGCAUGAUCAACCAAACCGUGUCCACAUUAAUGGAUUGUGGUUUCAAACCACCUGGCAAUGAUGGAGCUGUGGUCGCUCUGUUCACACUGUCGGAUUUCAACAUGGUGGUUGCCUUCUUCGCGCUUAGCAGAUUAGGCAUCCGUGCCACGUUGGGUGAGAUUCUCCGUCUGAAGUUGAUCGCAUGCCGUCCAAUCAUUCAAAAAUCGUGUCUGGAUGCCCCCCAGGGGACUGACGUCUUGGUCCUCCACCGAACCCGGAAUCCAGAAGUCCAAAAACAAAGGGUCGCUUUGAUCCUUCACUCCUCUGGGUCCACCGGUCUGCCAAAGCCUCUUUAUCUCAGUCAUAAAGCCAUCAUGACCCAUCCAAUGCGGGGUCUGGGGUUCACAUCCUUCAACUCCCUACCGUGGUAUCACCUACACUGUCUGUCGACUGCUCUGCAGGCAAUGUACAUGAGGAAAACGGUGUAUAUGUGGGAUGUAUCGCUCCCCCUAACAGCAUCAUCAGUCACUUCAGCGCUUGAGGCUGCUAAACCUGAAUCCUUUCAGGGCCUGGAUGCUCUGAGACAGUGUAAGCUAGUGACAUAUUGUGGCGCACCAUGCCCUGAUGAACUAGGCGAUCGCCUCGUGGCAGAGAAAGUACACUUUGGUGGUUCGUUUGGUCUAACGGAGGCAGGCCUAGUAGCAGAGUCCCUCUCCCGCCCAGCAGGCGAUCCUUUCUGGAAUUUUGUGAAGUUUUUCGAGAAUCUUCGCCCCUUCAUUUGGAUGAAGCCCAUCGGUGCAGAUCUAUAUGAGUGUGUGUACCUCGCUGGUCAUCCAGCACUGACGGCGUCAAAUUCGGAUGAGCCCCCAGAGUCGUACCAUUCCCGCGACGUCUUCACGCCGCACUCUACCAUUCCUGACCGAUGGAAGUACGUGACCAGAUUCGAUGAUCGACUUACCCUCGUCAAUGGGGAGAAGGUGCUGCCCCUGCACAUUGAGGUAUCGAUAAAGCAAAUCUCACUGAUUCAGGAGGCCGUUGUCAUCGGAGUGGGCAAAUCUGGCCCAGGUCUUUUGUACCUCAAUCUGAUCUGGCCCACAGUGGAGGGUGCAAAGCCCCGAGCUGAGCAAUUUUCCCAGAUCUCCCGAGACAUGAUCGCGCGGUCUUACCCGUUGGCUCAGCCUGUCCUCGCACAGAUAAGGGAGCCUGUCGAGAAGCUUGGGUUCCCCAUCUCAAGACCGCAUUCCGCCUUCUUCGCAGAGGGAGUCGAUAGUCUAAAAGCAAUCCAUCAGCGUCGAUUGAUUCUCAGAGAUUUCAUGAUCACCGACAGCAAGACUAUCACCGUGCAAAGUGGUCAAGAUACAGAGGUCGAAGAUGAGGUGUCAUUGAUGCCCGGAGCGAUUGAAAAAUAUUCAACGUUCCGCAUGCACACACCCAAUCCCAACAUCGUCUCAAACAACUGGAGUGUAAUCCUUACUGGUGCUACUGGGGCGAUUGGCGCGCACACGCUUUUCAAGCUUUUGAACGAUAUUACAGUAUCCGCCGUGUACUGCCUAACACGACGGGAGCAACCAAAAGAAGAGAUCCUGGAUGCUCUCGCAGAGAAAGGCUUAGAGGCGAUGCCCUUUCGCAAAAAGAAGAUCGUCGUGCUCAAGAGUGCCCUGGACAAACCCGACCUCGACGUUGGCGAAGAUAUGCUAGCGGAGAUGCAGCGAUCAGUGUCACUGAUCAUCCACACAGCUUGGCCAGUCAACUUCAACCUCCCUCUCGCCAACUUCGAACCUCACAUUCAAGGGCUAGAUAAUCUUAUCCAGUUUUCGUUAUCGGUGCAUCUUCCCGCCCCAGCCGUGGUACUGUUCUGCUCAUCGAUAUCAACGGCUCUCGGUGCCCCAACAUCAGACAACGACAAGGAACCUCUUGACGACCUGAAUAGAGCACUUGAAAUGGGUUACGGUCGCUCGAAGUUAAUUGGAGAGAAGAUCGUAAGCAACGCUCGGAAAUUGGGCGCUCGGGCCUUUUCCUUGAGAAUUGGUCAGGUCUCAGGAUAUUCAAAGAAAGGUCUUUGGAAUGAUUCAGAGGCCAUACCCCUGAUAAUCCGAUCAGCAUUGACCCUCAAGGCUCCCUUAGAAGAAUCUGAAGGGGAUGCGAUAACCAGCGAAUAUAUCGAUGACACAAUAUUCAACCUGUCCAACCCUCGAACAUUCACCUGGUCCGCUCUGCUAGAUGCCUUGCGGCAGAGUGGGUUUGACUUCCAGACGGACCCAUUCCACAGCUGGUUACAAAUGCUGCACGACAGCGAGUCCCGAAGCGAGGAGAUGAUCAAUCCUGCCGUCAAGCUAGCAGAUCAUUACGAAGCCACGUACGGCGAGGAAGCACCAGUACCAAAGACGUUCGUCACGGAGAAAGAUACACAACCCAGUUAA